UAUUGUAUAUUACGUUACGCAGUUGUUGUGCGUAAUCCUGUAACCCCAGCGUAAGCCAAAACAACUAAACAAUACUCGCGCAAAGCUUGCCAUGCAGCGAUAUCUCAUCUAACGCGAUUGAUAACAAGAAUCAAACGUCAUGUGCAGUGUAAACAAACCUGCUACAACUACCAGACUACUCGCUUGCUUGGAGAUGUUCCCUUCUGCCUUUCCGACAUAAAUAGAACCAUCUCAGAUAACGCUCACGUCCUACUGUUGCACGUCUGGAAGCGAAGAACAUUACGUUGUAGCAUUUUCGUGUCGUUAAGAGUGUUUGUGUGGGCAUCAUCAUCAUCAUCAUGAGGAAAGAUCGUUGUCUCAAUAUUACCACUCUGCAAGCGAAGGAUAUCCGUUGGCCGACCUCACUAGGAGCACACGGAUCCGAUGCAAUGCAUACGGAUCCAGAUUAUUCCUGCGUUUAUGUGACGAUCGCAACAGCCGAAGGUCCUGUCGGGUACGGUAUGACGUUUACGCUUGGCCGUGGUACGGAUAUCGUGUUGCUCGCUGUCCGCGCUAUGAAGCGUUUUGUCGAGGGCCGUACUACGGCCAGCAUCUUCGAACACUUUGGACAGUUUUGGCGUGAACUAACGAGUGAUUCUCAACUCCGUUGGAUCGGACCGGAGAAAGGUGUGACGCAUCUAGCCGUGGCCGCGAUCAUCAAUGCACUGUGGGACCUUUGGGGCCGCAUACGGAACGUUCCGGUGUGGCAGCUGCUGGCCGAGAUGGAACCCGAGGAGUUAGUUUCAACCAUAGACUUUCGUUACAUUGAAGAUGUUAUCACUCCCAAGGAGGCAAUAGCGAUGCUGCAUGAAACGAAAGCAACCCGAGACGAACGUAUUCAGUAUCUUAUUAAAAACGGAUACCCAGCGUACACAACACAAAUAGGAUGGCUUGGAUACAGUGACGAAACGAUUCGCGCGCUCUGCCGAAAGUAUCUUGCAGCAGGUUUCAAGGCAUUCAAAAUGAAAGUGGGCCUAGAUUUGCAGAACGAUAUAGAACGGUGCAAACUGGUGCGGGAAGAAAUCGGAUGGGAUAACCAAUUUAUGAUCGAUGCUAAUCAAACAUGGAACGUCCAAACUGCCAUCGAAUGGGUCACAAAUUUAAAAGAUUUUAAGCCGCUAUGGAUUGAGGAACCAACCUCGCCAGAUGAUGUGCUGGGUCACGCAAAAAUUGCGGCAGCUUUGAAGGAGCAUUCCAUCGGUGUAGCAACUGGAGAGAUGUGUUGCAAUCGUGUCAUGUUCAAGCAGUUCAUGCAAGCAAAUGCUCUCGAGUUUUGCCAAAUAGAUUCAGCUCGCAUCGGAGGAGUAAACGAAAUACUGGCCGUGUAUUUAAUGGCUAAAAAGCUCAAUGUGAAAGUUUGUCCUCACGCUGGAGGUGUUGGACUGUGCGAAAUGGUACAACAUUUGCAAAUGUGGGAUUACUGUUCCGUUUCGUGCACGAUGGAAGGACGCAUGGUAGAGUUUGUCGAUCAGCAACACGACCAAUUUGUAUACCCGGCACAGAUCAAUGAAAAAGCAUGCUAUGUAGCUCCAACCAUGCCUGGAUAUUCUACAGAGCUGAAGGAAACAGCCAUUAUGCAAUUUGAAUAUCCCCACGGAACAGAAUGGAAGCGCAUGCUGGGUGAAGGGAUCUUCACUCUAGAAAAUUACUGAACCGUGCAGUUCAAUGAGAAAGCGAGAAAAAUAUUCCAAACAUAUACAACAUUUAUUCGCAUGGGAAAUUCUUUUAUUUUAUAAAUAUACAAGCAAUAUAAGUAGUUUCUUUUCCUUAGAACUAUGAUUGAAGGUCCCUUCAGCGUCCUUCAAUUUGAAUUUUAAUUUAAAAUAUUAAAAAAAGACAAAAAAAUAAACUAUGGGCGAAAAAGAUCA